ACCACCAGCACCAGGAUGUGCCAACAGCUCUGAGCUCUGCUGUGCGUCGACCGGAGCUCCACUGAUCGUCGCAGUAAAAGUGGAGAAAUGGCAACAAACCCGCCGAAGUUAAAGACCAAGUUGACCGGAAACGAAAGGCUGCAAAACCUGAAGAAUACCUUUGAAAAGAAAUAUGGAGAAUCUCCGCUCUUCUAUGCAUAUGCACCAGGAAGAGUGAACCUGAUAGGAGAGCACAUUGACUACUGCGGCUAUUCUGUGCUUCCAAUGGCCAUUGAACAGAAUAUCCUCACUGCAGUGUCAGUGAACAGUUCAGGGACGAUCCAGCUGGCCAACAUGAAUCCUCAAUUCAAGGAUUUCACUGUGUCGUGUUUGGAGGACAUCGUCAUAGACAGAGACAAUCCCCAGUGGUACUAUUAUUUUCUCUGUGGAGUUAAAGCUAUCCAGGAGAAGUGUGGGAUCGCCCGUCUCUCUGGGAUGUCGUGUGUCGUUGAUGGAACGGUUCCUCCGAGCUCUGGUCUGUCCAGCUCCAGUGCCUUAGUUUGUUGUGCCGGGCUUGUAACAAUGGAGGCAAAUCAGAAAUCCCUCUCUAAGUUGGUUCUUGCUGAGAUAUGUGCCAAGUGUGAGAACUACAUUGGAUUAGAGGGAGGAGGCAUGGACCAGUCCAUCUCAUUCCUGGCUGAGGAAGGAACCGCAAAACUGAUAGAGUUCCAGCCUCUGAAGGCCACUGAUGUCAAGCUCCCAGAUGGCGCCGUGUUUGUGAUCUCCAACUGCUGCAAGGAGAUGAACAAAGCGGCUUCCUCUCACUACAACAUCCGUGUGGUGGAGUGUCGCAUCGCCACGAAGAUGCUGGCGCAGGCGCGGGGUCUGGACUCGAGCAAACUGCUAAAGCUGUCUGAAGCUCAGAAGGAGCUGCGAGCCUCCCUGGAGGAGAUGCUUGCCCUGGUGGACAAGGUGCUGCAUCCUGAGCCGUACACCCGAGAGGAGAUCUGCAAGGUGCUGCACAUCACCUCUGAGCAGUUCGCCACGCAGCUGCUGAGCGCUAACACUCUGGAUAUGACGCACUUUAAGCUGCACCAGCGAGCCAGGCAUGUGUAUGGUGAAGCAGCGCGGGUGCUGCAGUUUAAGGCCGUGUGCGACUCUGAACCUGCAGAGUCCGUACAGCUGCUGGGAGACCUGAUGAACCAGAGCCAUGCGAGCUGCAGAGACCUGUACGAGUGCAGCUGCCCUGAGCUGGAUCAGCUGGUCAGCAUCUGUCUGAAGUCGGGGGCUGUGGGCUCCCGGCUGACGGGGGCAGGCUGGGGCGGCUGUGCCGUAUCCAUGGUUCCCAAUGAGAAGGUGGAGUCGUUCUUACACGCUGUUCGAGAGGCUUACUACCUUCCCGAUCCACGCAGAGCAGCGAUGGAAAAACAAAGUUUGUUUGUGACCAAGCCGGGUGGAGGAGCUGCAGUUUUCCUGGAGUGAAGUGGAUCAUACUAAAGCUGUUUGUACAGCAAUGAAUAAGGUUAUAAAUACACAGCUCCAGAGAAAUGAAUGUCUAUCCCCCCCUGUUUUCUUACACUUGAGGUGAAGGCACUUGCAUAUAUAAGGAUGAUAAAAAAUGUAAACCUAAGUUGCUGUUUCAUUUGACUGCUUUGUGGAUAAUCAGGAAAUGAAGGGCCAAAAAUGUAUUUCACUGGUGCAAUAUUUUUAAUCUAGGGAACAACGCUUUUUUUAAAUCAUAAAUGUUUGACUCUGUGUAAUGAUUUUCUAUCACUGUCUCAUUGUUGGCAUCAGACUAUUUUCCUCUAAAGAGAAACAGAUGUCAAAUAAAAUAACAAUAACAUGUUUAA